AUGGAAAAUUCUCCUGUCUGGCUCAUCACCGGCGCAUCUUCCGGGUUUGGGAGCGCCCUUGCACAAGCGGCUCUGAAGGCUGGCAAUAGAGUCAUUGCGACUGCGAGGAACAUAGAGAAGUCGAAGCGGGAGAUCCCACAGAUCGAAGAGCUUGGGGGCAAAUGGCUACAGCUGGAUGUGACUGCGUCCGACGUGCGCGAAAAGGUCCGGCGGAUUGUGCAGGAGUACGGCAAGAUUGACGUUGUGAUCAACAGCGCAGGUUAUGCUUUAUUCGGGGCCUUGGAUGAUGUGAGCGAAUCCGAGAUCCACCAGCAGUUCAAUACCAAUGUCUACGGCCCAAUCCGCGUCAUGCAAGCAGUUAUCCCGUCGAUGAGAGAGCGAAAGUCAGGGACUAUCGUGAAUAUUAGCAGCGUAGCCGGGCUUGAUGCGCAGACGGCCUGCUCGAUGUACGCGGGGAGCAAAUUUGCCCUUGAAGGCAUCUCGGAAUCCCUCGCUCGCGAUCUGGCCCCAUUUAACAUUCGAGUCCUCAUCGUCGAGCCCGGGGUAUUCCGCACAAAAUUUGCGACCGCGCUACAAACCCCCGCGGCCGGAACGACGAAGGCGUACGAAGGCACACCUUUGCACGAUUCACUGCAACGUUUCCUUGUUCUCGACGGCAAACAGCCAGGGGAUCCCGCCAAGGCCAUUAAGAGAAUUAUGGAAGUGAUCAAUGGGACUGGCAUGGGAGAAGGGAAAAUGGGCUUCCUACGCCUGCCAUUGGGUCUUGAUUGUGUCCAGCGGACGCAGCAAAAGAUAGCGUCGCUGCAGCAAAACUUUGCCGCAAUGCAAGAGAUAGCGGCGAGCACGAAUUUUGAUUAG